AGCCCAGGGCGACACACACGGACCGAGAGGAAGCAUGGCCGGGGAAACAGAAAAGAAACCCAUUCUGGAAAUGGUCCACGCCGAGGGAGGGGAUGAAGGCUGUGUGACAUUUGUGCUGCAUCAAGAAGACCACACGCUGGGCAACUCCCUCAGAUAUAUGAUCAUGAAGAACGUGGAUGUGGAUUUCUGUGGAUACACCAUCACCCAUCCGUCUGAGAGCAAGAUCAACUUCCGCAUUCAGACUCGAGGGGCACUUCCAGCCGUAGAGCCGCUGCGGAAAGGCCUGAAUGAGCUGAACGAUGUUUGUCAACAUGUUCUCAACACUUUCCAGGCGAGAGUUAACGAGUUCAAAGAGCGACAGGACCAGCCCAUGGACUGAACACCAUCACAGCAUGGGAAAGCAGAGCUGUCAGAUUCAAUACCUGCAAAAAUCUGUCAUAAUUUGCUUCUCAAAAGUGUUUUUGUGGACUUAUUAGGUAUCGAGGAGCGAAAAGACCCUCCAGAAUAUUCUGUGACAUUAAAAUAUUAUUGUAGAGUUAUGUUUCUUUUGAUAUUCAAAUUGAUUUAUGAUGUAUAAUAAAUGUAAAUCAUACCCGUGUUUAUAA